UCACGGAGAGCUGCCACACAAGAGACAACACCGAGUGGAUGUCCUUCAAAUGUAACACCAGGGACACUUGACAUCAGGUAAAGAAACACAAUGGAGCUGAAACCUUUACUGAAGAAGCUUGGCUCAACGCUCCGCGCCAUCUUCACUUUCACCUUUGCUCUGCUCGUCCUGGGCGUGAUGGUGUGGGCAUAUGUUCAAGGUUUCCAGUUAGUGACCUCCAUGUAUGGAAUCAUCUCCUUUGGCUUUUAUGGACUACUCCUCUCACUCCAUGUGUUGGUCCAGAGCCUCUUCGCCUUCAUUGAGCACCGUCGAAUGAGAGCUCGAACAGACCCGUGCACCUUCACCAAAACCAUUGGCUUCACUAUAUCCGCUUACCAGGAGGACCCCGUCUAUCUCAGAGAGUGCCUGAACUCCAUCAGGGCCCUCAAGUAUCCUCCUGAGCUGCUCCGCAUCAUCAUGGUCAUCGACGGGAACACAGAUGAUGACAGGUAUAUGAUGGACAUGUUCAGGGAGGUGUUUGUGGACCAGGACCCUGGCUGUUAUGUGUGGAAGAACAAUUACCAUACAUGGGACCCCACCCAGGACCAGCAGGAUGUGGAAAUAAGCCAGGGAGGGGAUGCUGAUCAAACCAUAGUUGAGGAUCCACAACGAAAAGAGGUAGAGCAGCUGAUCCAGAACAAGAGUUGCGUGUGCAUCAUGCAGAAGUGGGGCGGCAAGCGGGAAGUGAUGUACACCGCGUUUAAAGCACUCGGCUUAUCAGUAGACUAUAUACAGGUGUGUGACUCAGACACCAAGCUGGAUUCUCUCGCCACCGUGGAGCUGUGUAAAGUGUUGGAGAGUAACCACAAGUAUGGUGCUGUGGGAGGAGAUGUGAUGAUCCUCAACCUGAAAGACUCUUACAUCAGCUUCAUGAGCAGUCUGAGGUACUGGAUGGCUUUCAACAUCGAAAGGUCCUGCCAGUCCUUCUUCAACUGUGUGUCCUGCAUAAGUGGUCCUUUGGGUCUGUACAGGAACGAUCUCCUCCAGCAGUUUCUGGAGUCCUGGUACAAUCAGAAGUUUUUGGGAAGUCAUUGCACAUUUGGUGAUGACAGACAUCUUACCAACCGAAUGCUGAGCAUGGGCUUUGCUACAAAAUACACAGCCCGCUCCAAAUGCUACACGGAGACACCUGCUCAGUUUCUGCGCUGGCUCAACCAGCAAACACGCUGGACGAAAUCUUAUUUCCGUGAGUGGCUCUACAAUGCAAUGUGGUGGCACAAGCACCACCUCUGGAUGACCUACGAGUCCAUCGUAUCAGGCAUUUUCCCCUUCUUCGUCACCGCCACCAUCAUCCAGCUCUUUUGGACAGGCUCGCUGUGGGACAUCGUCUGGAUCCUGUGCUGCAUCCAGCUGAUUGGGCUGGUGAAAGCGGCUUACGCCUGCAUCUUGCGCAGAGACAUGGUGAUGGUGUUUAUGUCCCUCUACUCAGCUCUGUACAUGACCAGCCUGCUGCCUGCUAAGUACUUUGCCAUUAUCACCAUGAACAAAAGCAGCUGGGGGACAUCAGGCAGACGUAAGAUUGUUGGGAACUACAUGCCCCUACUCCCUCUGACAGUGUGGUUAGCCAUUUUACUAGGUGGGCUUGGUUACACAAUUUACAGGGAGAGUCAAGUGGACUGGCUCACUCAAGCCAAGAUACUAGAGACCAAGUUUAUCAUCUUUGGCUGUGUGGCUUACACGUGCUACUGGCUGCUUAUGAUGAUCCUCUACUGGGUGUGGUUCCGCAAGUCAUGUAGGAAACGCGACCAAAGUUACGCAUUGAGUGUGUAG